AUGGCCUCUGCACUGAGCUAUGUCUCCAAGUUCAAGUCCUUCGUGAUCUUGUUCCUCACCCCGAUCCUGCUGCUGCCACUCAUCAUUCUGAUGCCCGCCAAGUUUGUUAGGUGUGCCUACAUCAUCAUCAUCAUGGCUGUUUACUGGUGCACAGAAGUCAUCCCUCUGGCUAUCACCGCCCUCUUGCCUGCCUUGCUUUUCCCACUCUUCAAGAUUCUGGACUCCAAGCAGGUGAGCAUCCAGUACAUGAAGGAUACCAACAUGCUGUUCCUUGGCGGUCUCAUUGUGGCUGUGGCUGUGGAGCACUGGAACCUGCACAAGAGGAUUGCUCUGCGCACGCUCCUCUGGGUGGGGACCAAGCCUGCACAGCUGAUGCUGGGCUUUAUGGGCGCCACGGCCUUUCUCUCCAUGUGGAUCAGCAACACGGCCACCACGGCCAUGAUGGUGCCCAUCGUGGAGGCCGUGUUACAGCAGAUGGAGGCCACGAGUGCAGCCACCGAGGCCAGCCUGGGGACCCUGGAGCUGGCAGAAAAGGGCAAGGCCGGCGAGCUGCCAGGGAACCAAGCAACUCUGGAAGGUCCCUCUGCGAGGCAGCAGGAGGUCAACAGGAAGAACGUGUGCAAGGCCCUGACCCUGUGCAUAUGUUACUCGGCCAGCAUUGGAGGCACCGCCACCCUGACCGGGACGGGACCCAACGUGGUGCUCCUGGGCCAGAUGCAAGAGUUGUUUCCGGACAGCAAGGACAUCGUGAACUUCGCCUCCUGGUUCGGAUUCGCCUUCCCUAACAUGCUGAUCAUGCUCCUGCUCUCCUGGUUGUGGCUCCGCUUCAUGUACAUGAGAUUCGAUCUGUCCUGGGGCUGCAGCCUGGAAAAGAAGGGCGAGGAGAAGUCUGCGCACGAGGUGCUGCGGGCGGAGUACAGGAAGCUCGGGCCCCUCUCCUUCGCUGAGAUCAACGUCCUGCUCUGCUUCUUUCUGCUGGUCGGCCUCUGGUUCACUCGGGACCCCGGCUUCAUGCCCGGCUGGGUGUCGAUCGCCUGGGCAGAGGGAAAGACAAAGUACGCCUCCGAUGCCACCGUGGCCAUCUUUGUGGCCACCUUGCUGUUCAUCAUGCCUUCACAGAAGCCCAAGUUCAACUUCUGCAGCCAGACUGAGGAAGAAAGGAAAACUCCAUUCUAUCCACCCCCUCUGCUGAAUUGGAAGGUGGCCCAGGAGAAAGUGCCCUGGGGGAUCGUGCUUCUCCUGGGAGGUGGCUUCGCUGUGGCAAAAGGAUGCGAGGCUUCCGGGCUAUCAGAAUGGAUGGGGAAGCAGAUGGAGCCCUUGCACACCGUGUCCCCGACAGCCAUCACCCUGAUCAUGUCCUCACUCAUUGCUGUGCUCACGGAGUGCACAAGCAACGUGGCCACCACCACCCUGUUCCUGCCCAUCUUUGCCUCCAUGUCACGUUCCAUUGGCCUCAACCCGCUGUACAUCAUGAUCCCCUGCACGCUGAGUUCAUCCUUUGCCUUCAUGUUGCCCGUGGCCACCCCACCUAAUGCCAUCGUGUUUUCCUAUGGACACCUCAAGGUUUCCGACAUGAUGAAAACAGGACUAAUAAUGAACGUCAUUGGAAUCACCUGUUCAUUUUUGGCCAUCAACACCUGGGGACGGGUCAUAUUUGACUUGGACCAAUUCCCUACCUGGGCUAAUGUGACAGCACACUGA